AUGCGGCCUCCUUCCUUCUCCGGUGCCGAAGGACCUUUAGCAGCAGAGGAGUUUCUCAAGGUCACUGAGACUAUUCUCACGGUGACCCGCAUCCCCCAUGCUGAAUGGGUGGACCUCAUGGAUAUUCAGCUCACCGACACCGCUCGGAUUUGGUGGACUGCAGAGAAAGCUCAUUUGGAGAGACCGAUUUCGUGGGAUACCUUCACAGACCGCUUCAACAGGAAAUAUUUUCCUCAGUCAGCUCGGGACGAGCUUUUGCGAAGAUUUGUGGAGCUCAAGCAAGGAGGGCGAACAGUUGAUGAGUACGAGGCCGAGUUUUCUUCUUUGAGCCGAUACGCUCCACACUUGGUGGCAGACCCCACUAUCAGGAGAUAUCAGUUUCAGAAGGGCUUGGAUAAGUAUAUCAGGUUUGCUUUGGCUGGUAGAGCACUUGCAACUCACGAUGCAGUACUGGAUGCAGCACGAGAGAUUGAGAGCGUGCAGAGGGAACCUGAAGACCCGCAUGUGACCCAGAGCAGGACACCAACGGCUCCAGUCCGGAAUAUCGAGCGUUCACCUUCGAGGCAGCAGCAGAAUCCGCAGCGACAUCAGUUUUCUCAGCGCCAGCCACUUCCUCCUGUGCAUCCCUAUCAGCGUCCUGGAGUGCAGACUCGCGACCGGCCUUAG